UACUCUGCCGACAUAAUCUCUACUUUGCCUACAGUGAGGUAGUCCUAGUCCUAGUACUCCUAGUCCGUGUGGCGGAUGCCGUGUGUACAUUUUUCAGUUAGCUGACUUUCAUCAUCGUAGUUGGUUGUAUUUAAGUUAAAAGCGUAGAUAUGGCAGAAAAUAAUGAUACAGAUAUGAGUGAAGACCAGUCUGUAACAGAGGAUGUUAAGACUGCAGGUCAACCUUUGUCUGAAUUUUUACUUCAACUGGAGGAUUAUACACCUACGGUUCCUGAUGCUAUCAGCGAGCAUUAUUUACACACAGCUGGCUUUAACACAACAGAUCCUAGAAUAGUAAGACUAGUCUCGUUAGCUGCUCAAAAGUUUAUCUCAGAAAUAGCUAAUGAUGCUUUGCAGCAUUGUAAAACAAGGGGAGCAAAUCAAAAUACAAAAGUCAAGGGUAAAGAUCGGCGGUAUACAUUAACAAUGGAAGAUUUAACACCAGCAGUUGCUGAAUAUGGAAUUGUUGUUAAGAAGCCUCAUUAUUUUGUUUAAUCUAUCUUCACAAUGAUUGCUCAAAAAAUACUGUGUAUACUUAGAAAGAAAGAUCACUGUUUCACUUGUAAAAGAAGUGAAUUAACAACAAUUAGAGUCUAUGGUUGUAUCCUGACAAUCGUAUUUUAUAUCUUAUAGACUGACAAAAAAAUCAUUUACUAAUAUGUUUUGUGUCAAUUUUCAAAGUAACAAUUAUUUAAUGCAUUUUAUAUUUAUUUUCUAAUGUCUCUGCACGAAUAAAAA